UGAACUGUCACCCAAAAUGUCAGCACCCUGAGAAAACUCAUGCACCGGGGUUAUUACAGGACUAUUUACUUAAAGAUAGGUGUAUUUUUGUCGUCGUGACAGUCCAGUAACGGUCAGCAAAUGCGGCAACGGCCUACAUUUAUUAAUGGCGUUACAGACGUAUUCCACAGCUAGCUAGCUAGCUAACGUUAGCUAACAGUUAUUUCUCCUUCAUGCUGCUAUUGAACUCAUCCUGCUUGGCAGCUUAACGACAAACAUGUCGUUCUCUCUGGUGAGCCGCUGGUGUGAAACACCCUUAAUAAGACGUGUUUUACAGUUCAAAGUGUACAGACGGAAAAUACAAAGCUAUAACAUGAGCUACACAUUGUUAAGACACCGCUGGAUGAAAAGGCUGCCCGUGUUCUCCAGCAGCUGCAGGACGAUCAGCAGACAGACAGACAAGGAUACUAUUGACCUGUCUAAAUUCCCUGUGGACAGAAUCAGGAAUUUUUGCAUCAUUGCUCAUAUUGACCAUGGAAAAAGCACUUUGGCUGACAGGCUGUUGGAGAUGACAGGGGCCAUAGCAAAGACUGAGAAGAACAAACAGGUGUUGGACAAGCUUCAGGUGGAGCGAGAGAGAGGGAUCACGGUGAAGGCUCAGACCGCCUCGUUGAUCUACAGCCACCAGGGACAGCAGCACCUCCUGAACCUCAUCGACACGCCGGGUCAUGUUGACUUCAGUUAUGAAGUGUCUCGAUCGAUUUCUGCAUGUCAAGGUGUCCUGUUGAUCGUAGAUGCCAAUCAGGGGAUUCAAGCGCAGACGGUGGCCAACUUCUACCUGGCUUUUGAAGCUCAGCUGGCAAUCAUCCCCGUCAUCAACAAGAUUGAUUUAAAAAACGCUGAUCCAGAGCGAGUGGAGUCACAGAUUGAAAAGGUGUUUGAUAUUCCCACUGAGGAGUGCAUUAGGAUUUCAGCUAAGCUGGGAACAAAUGUAGAAAAGGUUCUCCAAGCAGUUGUGGAGAGAAUUCCACCGCCCGUGGCAAGUACCGAUGACCCUUUUAAAGCCCUCGUGUUUGACUCCAAUUUCGACCACUAUAGAGGAGUGGUGGCCAACAUCGCCGUGUUCGGAGGUCGGGUCAGGAAAGGGGACAGGAUCGUGUCUGCACAUCUCGGCAAAACCUACGAGGUCAACGAGCUGGGGCUCCUCCGGCCAGACGAGCACCCCACACAGAAGCUGUUUGCAGGCCAAGUGGGCUACAUGGUAGCUGGGAUGAAGGAUGUGAAGGAGGCGCAGAUUGGAGACACACUCUACCUCCAGGAGCAGCCGGUGGAGGCUCUUCAAGGCUUUAAACCCGCCAAAGCCAUGGUCUUUGCUGGCAUGUAUCCCAUGGACCAGUCAGACUACCCGGGCCUUCGCAGCGCCAUUGAGAGGCUGACCCUGAAUGACUCAAGCGUCACAGUGCAGAGAGACAGCAGUCUGGCCCUGGGAGCAGGCUGGAGGCUGGGCUUCCUGGGUCUUCUCCAUAUGGAGGUGUUCAAUCAGAGGCUGGAGCAGGAAUACAAUGCCUCCGUUAUAGUAACAGCACCCACCGUGCCCUACAAGGCUAUCCUCUCCUCACCCAAACUCAUCAAGGAACACGGCAGUGAGGAGAUAACCAUCGUGAACCCCGCUCAGUUCCCAGAAAAAAACGUUGUGUCGGAAUAUUUGGAGCCGAUGGUGCUGGGGACCAUCAUCGCUCCGGACUCUUACACCGGCAAGAUUAUGAGUCUCUGCAUGAAUCGCAGAGGGAUCCAGAAGAACAUGGUGUACAUAGAUGAACAUCGGGUCAUGAUGAAGUUCCUCUUUCCCUUAAAUGAAAUUGUUGUAGAUUUCUACGACCUUCUCAAAUCCAUGUCCUCUGGAUACGCCAGCUUUGACUAUGAGAAUGCAGGCUACCAGACUGCUGAUUUGAUAAAGAUGAAUAUUCUGCUGAACGGACUACCAGUGGAAGAACUCAUCACAAUUGUACACAGAAGCCGUGCGUACGUCACAGGGAAAGGCAUGUGUGAGAGACUCAAAGAGUCCAUACCGAGGCAGAUGUUUGAGGUGGCGGUACAGGCUUCUAUCGGGAGUAGGGUCAUUGCAAGAGAAACAAUAAAGGCGUUCAGAAAGAAUGUUCUUGCUAAAUGUUACGGAGGUGACAUAACGCGGAAAAUGAAGCUGCUGAAGAAACAGGCGGAGGGGAAGAAGAAGAUGCGGCGUUUUGGCACCGUGGAAGUCCCAAAAGACGCUUUCAUUAGUGUUCUGAAGAGGAAAGACAAAUAGACUGCAAUAAUGUUAGGAUAUUAUUAUAUAGUAGCGUUACAAUUCUUUGUAAUUGAAAGGCCGUAAUCAAUUUCUCUUAAUAAAGUUGUCUUUAAUGCUGCAAACUGCUUAACUAUUUUUUUGUUAAAAGGCUAAGUUUAAACCCAUUUAACAAUUCUAAUCCGGUAAUGUCCUGUAUUGCAUUUCACUUGGUCUGACCAUAUUUCCUGAACAAAUUAAAGUCACAAUUUUGAUACAUGUUAUGGAGAUGCGAAGAAAAAGACAAAUUGCUUAUUUGAUUUUAAAAAAUAUGAAAAAUAAUUUAUUGUUAAACAGCACUAUUAAUGUCACACUUUUGAUAUAUGCUGUGGAGAUGCAAAGAAAAAGGCAAAUUUGUGUUUCUGUAAGUAGAAAAUGAUGUCUAGUUUUAU